AUGGCGUUUUUCACCGCGAAGACGGGCGACGAGCUCGAGGGGCAGCUCCAGGCCUGGCACGCGUCGCAGCGGCGGCGCGACGAGGCCAUCGCCGCCGCCUGGCGGGACUACGAGGCGACGGCGGCGCCGCUCGCCGAGGCCAAGGCGCACAUGCGGACGCCCCGGGCGACGACGACGGCGGCGAAGCCCACGGCCACGGCGGCGCCGCCGCCGCCGCGCCGCCUCGGCGCGGCGGAGGCCGCCGCGCUGCCGCCCGCGCCGCCGAACCCCCACGCGAGGUGGGACGCGCUCGACGGCGGCGACGGCGGCGACGGCGGCGCCGCGGCGCCGCUGCCGCGGCCCGAGGACCUGGACCGCAUCGGCGACGACGCGCUCCGCGACUGCCACGAGCUCGACGACGCGGCCUUCGCCGCGACGCUGGCCGCGCGCGACGACGCCAUCGCGGGGCGAAGGGCCGCGAACGGCGCGCUCGCCGCGGAGCUCGACGCGGCGAACGCGGCGCUCGAGGCCAUCGAGCGGAAGACGGCGGAGCUCGACGCCCUCAUGGCCGCCGGCGCGCCCAUGGAGGCGCUCGCCGCGCUCAACAGGGAGCUCGAGGCCCUCGUCGCCGCCGCGUCCUCGAGCGUCGCGACGUCCGACGCGCUCCGCCGGCUCGAGGGCGCCGCCGGCGACGACGACGAGCCGAGCCCGGCGAACCGGCCGCCGCGCGCGCUCAUCCCCGGACCUCGGUCCGACUUUGCCGGAGAGCGCCCGCCGCCCAUGGCGCCGCCGCCCCUCCAGCUCACCUACGAGACCGGCCGCGACUACGGUUUCGAGAAGAAGAUCCACGGCCUGCUCUACGCGAACCAGCGCCGCGACCUCGGCGAGCGGCUCCGGCGGCCGCCGCCGCUCCACUCCAAGUCGACGGGCGCGCUCGCGGCGCCGCCGCGCGCGGCGGCGCCGCCGCGGGGCGGCUCGACGGGCGCGCUCCUGGCGCUCGAGGCGGCGCCCCCGGCCGCUUCGGCCGCGGCCGCGCCGGCGCCCGCGGGCGCCGCGCGCCGGUCGUCGACGCUCCUCGCGCGCGCGAAGCUCGUCGCCGCGGGCGGCGACGCGGAGUCGGCCGCGAACUCGCACACGCUCGGCUUCACGCAGCUGAGCGUGAAGACGGCCUGCCUCCGCGGCGACGCGGACCAGUGCGCGACGAUCUGCGGCGUCGAGGGCUUCAACGUCGACGCGCUCAUCGAGGGCGCGCCGCCGCUCCACCACGCGGCGCGCGCGGGCUCCGAGGCCGUCGUCCGAGCGCUCGCGGCCUGCGGCGCGAGCCUCGACGCGACGGACGGCAAGGGCAACCGCGCGCUCCACGUCGCCUGCGAGCGGGGCCACCCGGAGGCCGCCGAGGCGCUCCUCGGGCUCGGCGCGUCGCGGCCGCAGGACGGCCUCGCGCCGCUGCACGUCGCCUGCAAGCACCACCACGCGGACGUCGUCUUCGCCCUGCUCCGCGCCGGCGCGAGGCCCGACGCGCCCAGCCGGCUCGGCGCGCCGCGCGACGUCGCGGAGCUCUUCCACGCGCACCGCUGCGUCGCCGCGCUCGACGACUUUCUCGUCGACCGCGAGGACGACGACGCGGUCGCGUCCAUGCGGUCGCGCCGCGCGACGCGGCGCGCCGAGCACGUCGCCGGCGGCGCCGGCGCCGCGCCGCCGGCGCCCCGGGGCGUGCGCUUCGCGCCGCCGGCCUUCGACGCGCGCGACCGCCGCGAGAUGGACCGCGCGGCCGAGGAGGCCAAGGCCAUGGGCAUCGUCACGGAGAGCGCCAUGGCCAUGCAGGCCGCGGCCUUCAACGGCGACGCGGCCCGCGUGCGCGCGCUCCUGGCCCGCGGCGCGAACGUGAACGCGCUCUUCAAGGGCCGGCGGCCGCUCCACUGCGCCGCGUCGUGCGGCGACGUCGACUGCGUCGCGGCGCUCCUCGAGGCCGAGGGCGUCAACGUCGACGGGCGCUGCGGCGAGGGCUUCCGCAGCCCCCUGCACCACGCGCUGCGCCACGGCCGCCUCGACGCCGCGCGGCUCCUCCUCGCCGGGGGCGCGAACGCGAACGCGGCCGACGGCCACCACGCGCGGCCGCUCCACGUCGCGGCCGGCGCGGGCGACGGCGACGCCGUCGACGCCCUCGUCGCCGCGGGCGCCGACGCGCGCGCGCGCGACGGCCGCGGGCGCACGCCGCGCGACCUCGCGCGCGACUUUGGCUACCUCGCGAUCUGCAAGGCGCUCGUCGCCGCGGAGGCCAGGGUCGUCAAGCGCGCGACGAUGCUCCGGCGCGCGACGAAGGCGAGCUCCGCGGCGCUCGCGGCCUACGCGACGCGGCGCAAGGCCGACGGCGUCUCGACGCUCGACGCGCCCGCGCCCGCGCCCCUCCCGAGGCUGCCGCGCGGCGGCCGGCCGGGCGCGCGGGGCGGCGGCCGGCCCGGGGCCGCCCCGGGCUCCCGGGCGUCGACGGCCGAGGUCGAGGACGACGCCGGGCCCGCGACGCGCUACCCGAGCGUCGUGUACGUGCGCGCGGGGGAGGCCGCGACGCCGCCGCCGCGGGGCUUCCGGCGCAAGGAGGAGGUCGUCGAGGAGCUCGAGGACGUCCUCUCGGAGGUCCGGGCCAAGCCCAAGGCCCACCUCAAGGUCGACGGCACCGUCUCCAAGCUCCACCGCCAGCUCUCCGCCGCGACGCCCAAGUGGGACGAGCGCAAGGGCUCCGUCGCGCGCGCGAGGUCGCGCGGCGGCGACCGCGGCGCCAAGAAGGCCGCCGAUCCCAUCUGGGGCGCGAGCCCGACGGCGACGCCGGCGACGCCCGGAUCGCGGCCGAAGAAGGCCAAGGCCGCCGACCCCAUCUGGGGGCCCGACCCGGAGACGCCGGCGACGCCCGGAUCGCGGCCGAAGAAGGCCAAGGCCGCCGACCCCAUCUGGGGGCCCGACCCGGAGACGCCGGCGACGCCCGGAUCGCGGCCGAAGAAGGCCAAGGCCGUCGACCCCAUCUGGGGGCCCGAUCCGGAGACGCCGGCGACGCCGGCGACGCCCGAAACUCGGCCGAAGAAGGCCAAGGCCGUCGACCCCAUCUGGGGGCCCGAUCCGGAGACGCCGGCGACGCCGGCGACGCCCGAAACUCGGCCGAAGAAGGCCAAGGCCGUCGACCCCAUCUGGGGGCCCGAUCCGGAGACGCCGGCGACGCCGGCGACGCCCGGGUCUCGGCCGAAGAAGGCGAAAGCCGUCGACCCCAUCUGGGGGCCCGACCCGGAGACGCCGGCGACGCCGGCGACGCCCGACCCCGCGCCGCGGCCGAGAAAAGCCAAGCAGGCGUCGUCGUCGCCCCAGAAGCGCGCCCGGGACCGCGGCACGGGCCACUCGGGCCCGAAGGUGCCCGCGCCGCCCGACGACGAGCCGGACAACCCGCUCUUCGGCCGCGGGCCGUCGCUCAAGGACGCGCUGCGGACCUCGGAGCCGUCGCCCGCGAAGCAGAGCCUGCCGAAGGCGUUCCAGACCGUGCCUGUGCCACCGAGGACGCCGGACUUCAGCCCCGUGCGCGUGAACGUGCGCACGUCCAACGUCAGCUCCCUCAUCGCGAUGCUCGCCGAGGACGGCGGCGACGACGACGGCGGCGGCGACGAGGACGACGACUACGAGGACGACUACGAGGACGACGAGGAGUUCCUGCGGGGCGUCCCCGGCCUGCCGCCGCCGCCACGAACGCCGCCGACCGUCGCGGGCGUCCCGAUGCCCUCCGGCUUCGCCGGCGGCUUCUGA